AUGUCCAACAAACAUCUAAGUUGGCCGAAGGAGAACCCUUCAUUCAUCUUGCAUAAGACUCGACAUUGGGUGACUCCUGCCUCGAACCUCCAAGAGCAACGUCAUUCCUAUUAUGUAAAGACGCUGCAAGAACGAUCUCCAGAUUUAGCAUGCUGGAAGGAUAAUUCUCCGCUCGAGUUGGGAUCCAUUGAUGGACAGUCAGGCAAGCGCACAGCAUGCAUUGAAGAUCUAGGUAUCAGAAAAAUCAUUGAUGACGGAACGUGUGAAUAG